UCCAAAUAUUUCGCCGUUCGUGUUUUGCACGCAGCCGGUUUUUUCCUAUUUCUCAACAAAACCACGGGACAAUUUCCUUUCCGCCCCUGCUGCAGCCCUCUCUGCCUCUCUAAAUGCCCUCGAGUUAGGCAAGCAGUGUCACACCAGGGAAAAUCCACUUACAACAAAUUUGUCGCGUUAAUUGAGUUAAGCGAUCGAUUUUAGCAGUGGGCAAAUUCGCACUCGUCCGCGAGACGAGCACGUUUUUUCAGACAGUACGUGUGCUCGGCACGUUUUUCGACUAAAGUUCAUUGGACGGAAAACAGAGUCAGUGCACCGAUUUUUCGAUAUUUGCAACUGUCAGCAGUCGUGUGCGUGGCAGCUUCUUCUAGAUUCGUACAGACGAAGACGGAAGAAGGAUCUGUUUGUUGCAGACACAGUAAGAAAGCAUGAGUAGCUUCCGAGUCCUGGUAAUCUGCGGCCCGUCCGGCGCCGGCAAGUCGACGCUCGUCACCCGCCUCAUGUCCGAGUUCACCGAGGCGUUUGGUUUCAGCGUUUCGCACACGACACGCAAGCCGAGACCUGGCGAAAAGGACGGCGUGCACUACCACUAUGUCUCCCUGGAGGAAAUGCAGGCCGCCGUCCAGCGUGGCGAGUUCCUCGAGUCUGCCACCUUUUCCGGCAACAUGUAUGGCACAAGCAAGAGGUCAGUUGAAGACGUGAUCAGGCGAGGUCGAAUCUGCAUUCUGGACAUCGAUGUGCAGGGGGUGCGGCAAAUAAAACAGGUUCCCGACUUCCGGGCCCUGUACGUCUUUGUGAAGCCGCCGUCGCUGGAGGCGCUGGAAGCCCGUCUGCGCGGCCGCAACACAGAGACGGAUGAAAGUCUCGCCCGACGGUUGAAGGCCGCAAGGGCUGAACUCGUCUUCGGCGAGACGACAGGUAACUUUGACCUGGUCAUGGUCAACGACAACCUGGACAAGUCGUACGAAAAGCUGCGCACCUUCCUGCUGCCGCACGUGAAGGCCCUGCAAUCAGAAGGGCUGCUGGCCACCCUGGAGACGUUGAUGAAGAAGCAGGGCGUCCGCCGCUUCUAUGUGCCCCCCUCUGGAUGUCUAGGACUGCUGAGUUUCGCCUCGCUGUGUUGCAUUUCGAACGUACUCAUUUUCAUGCUGUUCAACUUCAUCUUCGACGAGAAAAUGUUGUAAUUAUUUUUCUCAAUUGGCUGCUUUUCACUCAUUUUUUUUUU